ACAAUUUAAGCAUCAAUAAUGUUAAACAUAUUUUGUAUUUUCACAAAAAUAUAAUGGCCAAGUCAGAUAAUCCUACAAAUUGCAUUAAAGUAGCUGAAGAAAAUAUUGUCUGUGGCGAUGGUAUGAAAGAAUACCUUGAGCCCAGAUUUGAGUGUCCUAUUUGUUUAACUUGGCUACGCGAUCCAGUUUUAACAUCUUGUGGUCAUAAGUUCUGUUCGCAAUGUAUAUACACUUGGCUUCAAGGGAAAGGUGCUUGUUGUCCAGUUGAUAGUAAACCUUUAAAAUCUGAAAGUGAUUUAUUCAGAGAUUUAUAUACAAGCAGAGAGAUAUCACAACAACGUACACCCUGUCAGUAUCAACAAUUUGGCUGCAAGGUUAAAUUGUCCCCAGUGGAUAUGGAAGCACAUAUAAAUCAAUGUAUAUAUAAAAGAAGUCUUCCAGAUUCACAAAAUAUAUAUUGUUCUUUUAAAAAUGUUGGUUGCAUAGAAACAUUUUUCACUGAAGAAGAUUUGCAUGUACAUUUAGAAAAGAACAUAAAUAUUCAUUUGACUAUGGUUCUAAAGAUAUUACCACAAUUAUCUGUAUUGCAAAAUAAUGCUAGUGCAAUAGCUACAGAAUCUAAAUUGUGGGAUCCUCCACCAAAAAAUACAACUUCUGUGGAAAAAAAUGAACCACCAUUAGAAUGGCAACAAUUAUUAAAAAAUCUGUAUGAAAGGGUAGUGGUGCUAGAACAACAAAAUAGAGAAUUAUCUAUUACUGUUUCUAAUCAAAAAACUCAACUUACAACUUUGCAAACAUCUUUAAGAUUUAAUCAAGAGGAAAUGUUUUUGCGUAGUUGCAAUGGAGUUUAUAUUUGGAGAUUACAUUCUUUUCAUGAAAAACUUGAAACCAUGAUGAGUGAUUCAUUAAAAAUGUUUUAUAGUCCUGGUUUUUAUACUAGUCCUAAUGGUUACAAAAUCUGUGCUAGAAUUAAUGUAUCUUCUAAAGAUCCUGAAUUCCUAUCCUUACUUCUACAUAUAAUGAAAUCAGAAAAUGAUGAUGGUCUGGAUUGGCCAUUUAAUGGAACCAUGUAUUUCAUUUUGGUUCAUCCACAAAACUGGGAGAAAGAUAUACGAGAAAUAACUUCGUCGAGACCCGAUCUUGAAGCAUUUAAAAAACCAGUAUGCGAAUUGAAUAAACGUAGCUUUGGUUAUACAGAAUUCGUACGAAUACGAGAGUUGCCAGAGUUUUUACAAAAUGACUGUUUAAUUUUCAGGAUAGAAGUUCGAGUUUAUGAUAAAUUUAGAACACUAAUAUAA